AUGCCGGACGAGCGCGCCAGCUCCAGACCGAAUGCGACCACAGAGCAGGUCGAGCGGGUCGCUACUACUCCUGCUGAUGAAGAGACAUAUCUGCGUCACGACUCAUUCGCUCGUUCGCUCCUCCCGUUGAUACAACUGCGAGGGGCGCCCGCCGACAGUGCUAGCGCCACUGAUGGACAAAGGCCCGCUACGAGUCGUCUCCGACCGCUGCAAUGUAGGAUGCACUUGGCUACUAGAUCCUCCCUCGAAAUAUCUCGACUGAAACCGCAGUGUUUGCGACCAUCGUGUUCAUCGCUCGAUAGCUCUACAGGCUCUACGCGCACCCGUGGUCGAGACGGCUCCUCCGCUAGCGUCGCCGACUCAUGUCGUAGUCCCUCAACAUACCAGCCGUAGCGGAGCACUAGGAUCUACCAAACCUGCACGAUCCAUCUGGCGCGAACCAGAUCGCGAAGAAGGUUAGAUCAUGUUGUCUCAGUCAUCGCCUCCAGUGCCUGUCAUUCUAACCGGCCGAUUGUCUCAUUCCAGACCGUGUCGCCGUCGCAGCAGGGGCUCGAUCGGUGCCGCAGUCCAUCCCGGCAAAGGCCAGGCAGCUCAGACCACUUUCCCGAGCUGUCGUGCCCAAGCUUGAGUUGUCGCCCCGCCCCGCUUUAACCCCCCGACGAGUGAUGGGUGCCGCCGGGCGUUUCGAUUCUUCGUUCUCACGCGCUACACAACCAGAAUCGAAUGCACCUGCUGCUACCCGCGGCCAUGCGAGCCCGAUAUCUUCUCGAGCUGGCCUAUUUCAGUCAAAUGCUCUGACAGACCGAGCUGACUUGCGUCCCCACGCAAAGUCGAUGAUGCACGGGUCCCAUAUUCCCAUUUCUGGGAGGAUUCCAAGACCCCCCUCGCCCACGGUGAAUUGGGAUGGCGAAGGCCACGACGGAACACUUGAACAAUGGAGUCCCCGCAAGGCCAAGAGUCGAGCCUUGUAAGUAAGCGGUGUGGGGUGUGGCUCAAUAUUUCACCGCUAAGGGAUGUGCGCCAGCCUCGCUUGGACAACAGGAUGGGAUUUGCCGCGCGCGCCACGUUGCUAUUCUCAUCUACCCGCACGGCGAACGUUCUGUGGCAGCAUUCAAUUGCACACAAUCGUACUGGAGUGGGAUUGGCACAGAGCAUCAAAGAUGUUGCUCGGCCCUCAUUGUGCCUGGCGGUAUUGUCUGUGCUGCCCGACAACGAUCCACGGGAAAUGCCGAGUGCUCUAGCACGCCCGCCCACGACACCAGCGCGUAUCGGCGGAAAGAGAUCCGUCUUGCUCCACUGCCGUCUUUCAUCCACGCCCAUCCACGCGCAAUCAGAUCGAUACCAUGAUGCAACAUGCGACAUUCAGGAUGGUUUUGUCUUGCUCUCUGUACUCGACAGCCCCGCUAAUUCCACCUGUGUGGGUGAGAUUGUGCCACUACCGUCGGACUUGGUUGGACAACAAACUACUGCCACGGCAACAUCCAACGGAUUCGUUCCGACAGGUACCGCUGAUCUUUCACGCAUUCACGCGGGCUGUGACGUAUGGGUUUUUCACCCGUACCAUCGCGUCGAGAUUGUGAGGGUUGACUCACAUAGCGAUGUCAAGCGAAUCAACUUGAUAUGCACACGCUUUCUGGUGGCGACAUGA